AUGCGUUCGUCGUUCAUCUUCGCUCUUCUCCUCAUCGGAGCCGCUCUCGCUCACCCAGCCACCGACCCAAUCCGUUCGAAACGCGCUGUCGAGGUCGUCGAGGACGAUUUCAGUGGUGAGGCAUCUGGAGAGGCAUCCGGCGAAGCGUCCGGCGAGUUCUCCGGAGAAGGAUCUGGCGAAGGAUCCGGCGAGCUAUCCCCAGAAGUCGAAGUCACCCCACUCACCAUUUCACAGCUCGAGACACUCAACAACUACGCUCAACAAGUUCAAGCCGAAGCUCAGAAGCUUAUCCAUCAAGCCAAUUUCGUUAUCACUGAGAUGACCGCUCUCGCCGCCAACGCUCAAAACCUCGGAAUCAUGUCCAGCAUCGUCUCAACCAACUCUCAAAUCGUGCUCGACAGCGCUCGUUUGAGCCUCAACGAGACUGAAACCGAGACUGGCAACACCACCACCGUCGCUCCACCAACCACAUGCUCGACGUCUGCCGUUUGCUACUCGGAUGAAGGAUGUGGAAGUGGAAAGUGUAUCGGAGCAUUGGCCGGAACUUGCAACUGCAACUCAUGUGUCUAUGGAUGGCCAUGCCAAGAAGACAGCGCUUGCGGAGGCUUCAUCGGCGCGUGCAACACCAUAACUGCCACGUGUGACUGCUUCAACGCCUACGCCAAGCACAACAUGACGCUCACCGACGCAUUCACCAACUUCUGCAACGUGGCAAAGUGCAACGGUGGCGAAGACAACGUCGAGAACUGCCACGGUUUGCCAUGCAACUACGGAUUCUGUGUCUGCUAG